AGGAAACCAGAACCACCCUGCCGCACUCCUAUUAUUUGACGUCGACCACACACUAUUCAUUCAUCCAAACAAACAAGCAAAAAGGGCGGGGUUGCAUUACAUCCAUCCACUUUCUUAAAAACACAACUAGACAACGCCAAGCUAGCUAGCUGAAAGCACCAUGACGAUCCCUACGGCAGUGGAACCGGGUCGACAGACUCCUCCUCCUAUGGACUCAAAGGCAUUUGACCAGUAUUCGCCUCAAACCAUCACGCUGCGAAAUCACAGCGACGCCAUCUUUCGUGGCAUGACGGCGGAGGCGGACCAACAGACGGCCAUGAUGUUGAUGGCUCGUCGAGAUCAACAGCCGCUGUUUCGUCCGACUAAACCUUACUUUCCCACAACUCUUCCAACGGCUCCUUCUUCUCGUCCCAUUCGGAUAACUCGUCGCAAGCAACUCCAACCUCGCUAUCACGCAGCUCCAAAAGACACGGAUCCGGAUGCUCACUUGAGUGCCUCACCCACGGAGCUGCAGCACUACUACGACGAAGCCUCCUGGCGAAUGUAUAAUCUCAUCCAGACAGCACGAUCGGAGAAGCAACGCGCCAAAGCCGCCAUGGUGAACGUCACUAACGACGGAAUGCCCGCCAUGAACACGCGUGACAACCACCACACUUUUUUCACGGCGCUUCCUCAGCAUCGCAACCUCUCCAUGCCGGCGCCAGAAGAAGACCUCACCACUGCGGUGGAGAAUGAAGAAGGCGUCUUUGAAUUGGAUGAUCUCUAGCUUUCUUGCUAGCUAGCCCCACCUGCGUACGAUACCUACACUUUGAGAAGGACAAGCGACUUUUGCUUGCCUGACAGCUACACGUGUUCUUGCGUGCCUACACUUCCAUCUCCCUUUAUUAGACAAACUACCUCAUAGAUUCAAAACAACCAAAAACAAAGACAUUCAAGUACCUAUCAUGAUACAUGCCAGCCCAAAAGGAUUGGUGCACCAUCUAUAAAGAACUGCAGCUUAUGCUAUC